AUGUCAUCUGUGCAGGAUAAAGUUAUCCAGUUUGUUCGCAAACAUGCAAGAAGUUUCUUUCUGUCCAGCUUAUCUGGAACUCCACAUAAAUACGGCAGCUAUACAACUCUUCGGCAACUCGCAGGACAUCAGACAACUCAAACGACUGAAGCUAUUCGACUUAGUCUAAUUAUUAGAUUAAGAAUGGGGCUGCUUCAUAAGAAGUAA